AUGGCCUCCAACAGUGGAGUAAAGAAAAGCAAGGACAACAAGGAUAAUAAGGACAACCAUUCCAAGCUUGUUGAAAUGCAAAAACUAGCCCAAAAAAACGCCAUAUCUUCUGCAAAGAUUAAGAGCGCAGCUGAACAGGUGGAUCUCUCGGAAGGACCUCGUCCAACAGACAACUCGUCAGACAUACACGAUAGCGACCAGCCUAACAACAUUGAUCCAACCGAUCAAGCCAAUGCCUCAUUGCCAUCGCACAGCUCAGUGGUAGAGUCUAUCGAGAGAGAUGACACCCCGAUGCAUGACGCUGGCUCGGUACAUCAGGCUGGAGAGGGGUCAAGCUCGAAUAUUCAUGAACGCCACUCUAUGGCCGGUCAUCCACAAAAUCGAACCGAUUUGUCACCGGAAGCACGAGGUGCUAGUGAGUCCAGAGACCCAGAGCUUUUAGCCAGCCUUGAUCCGUCAGAAGAUGACGAGGAAACCGACGCGGUUGUGGAUGGAUGGGGAAAGCUGCGAGGAUCAACCUUCGUCAUCCUCCAGUAUGGGCCUCGUCAUGGAGCCAGAUACAAAUUCAAAUACAGAAAUGGAUAUACCAAUGACAAAAUGAACGACAUUUCUGAACGAGAGUUGCGGAUUUCCCAGAUCAAAGCUAGUCCACGGAGCAAAGUCUGGCGGUAUACCAAACACAAUGUUGUCGGGAUCUACGGGAUUGCCUCCGAAGAAAGAAAGUAUCCGGAUAAACAAUACAAGUCUGAUCCAUGUUCUUGGCUGAAGAUUAAAUGGAAGGACCUGCAGUCAGAGGAUACCCACAACAUGCAAAACUCUUGUUCUUGGAUUCCGAGAUCCGAUUUCACUCGCUUCUGCAAUGGCAAACGCGCAGCGGACGCAAAAAUCAAAGAGGUCUGGGAGAAACAAGAAGAACGCUAUCUGCGG